UCCCCCCUUUUCGUGGCGCCUCCUGUUUAUCGUCCAGCUAAAAGAUGGCGUUAGCGGCUAGCUAAAACGAUUAUUCUUCGUUUGAUUGAAUUAAUUAUGUCGGUGGGAAUAAUUAGUCAUUGCAAAUACUUUAUUACUCUUGAGAUGGGACUUAAAAACAUAGAUUACAGCACUUGUGUUCGCACAAUAACGCACCGUGAUUGUUUGUUGGGCCUUCUCGCAUACAGAGGCCUGUCUUUGUAGGGAGUGGACGAGAGGUUUACAAACUUCAACUCCCAGCAGCAUUGCUAAGAAGUGGGGUCAAAGGGUAAUUUCUUCCACUUGUCAUGCCGUCCCCCCUUCAUCAUCCAUGUCAUCACUUUCUGUCUGAAGUGACUUGUUAGUGAGGAUAAGCAGAAGAGCAGGUGGGUUGGAGACAAUUAGUGGCAUCAUGGCAUCAAAGCCAGUGCCAGGGAUCCAGAAACAUGGGACAUGGGCAGGCAACCCCAGAGAAGUGUCCUCAGCCUCCCCAGAGACCUCUCUGACCUGGUGCCUGUCACAGCUCUCUAAACCUGGGAGAGCAGCAGCCGAGGACCACAAGCCAGGCACUGCAGGGCCGGACACCAGUGGACACAGACAGCUGGACAAGAGGGUCAAAGCUGGGCAGUGGCGAGCACUGGUGGCCAUCCGCACACAGCACAUUAAAGGAGGAAGCAGUGGGAUAGCUCGAUUCCGAGGCCAGGGUGGACUGCGCACUCUCCUGGACCUGCUAAAGCACCCUGAGUGUUCCAGGAAGACUCUGGACCUGGCUCUCAGCAUCCUGGCUAACUGCUGCACUGAGAGACAGACACGAGUUGAGGUUAGGAAGCUUGAUGGAAUAUCUAUUGUGGUGGGUAUUUUGAAGAAGAAUGUAGCCAUGGAGACGAUCCAGAACAGAGCAGCCCGGGCCUUGGGGAACUUGGCCAUGGACCCAGAGAGUUCCACACUUAUCCACUCUGCCGGUGGUGUUCCACUCCUGCUCCUCUGCGUCUCUCUUGCAUCUGCCCCAUCCCCUCCCUCUGAUGACCCACUGGAAGCCCCUUCCUCUAAACUAGAGUGUGCUCAGUCAGCUGCCCGUGCCCUCCUCUACCUUGCAGACACCCCCUCAAACCGCCUUUUACUGCUCACCCAGGGUACUCUGACUGCUCUCGCCCCGCUCAUUGCUCCAGAGUACCCUCUGGGGCUGAGGAGAGCAGCACUCCGGACCCUCCAUGAGCUCACCAGGGGCUGUGGUGUAGAGUGUGCUAGAGAGGUGUCCCGAUCUGGGGUUCUAGCUCAGCUAGGUGUCAUGGCUUCGGGAGAGGCCGCUAAACCUUUUGAGGAGCUUGCGUUGAAAACCCUGGCCAACAUGUGCACUCAAGGCUGCUUACGUCCUCUGGUGGGUUCCCUGGGGGUAAUCCAGAAGUUUACGGAGGAGGUCAAGAAGGACGGCCUGAAGUCUGGAGUGUUCCUCAAGGCUCUCUGCUUAUGCUGCAAAGAGGCAGUGAACCGGGCCAAAGUGAAGGAGAGUGGCGGUCUGGAGGUGUUGAUUGGCUUCCUUGGUGUCCAUCGGAGCCACCCCCUCGACCGAUUGGUCAUUCUGGCUUGUGUUGACUUUGUCUAUGACGAAGCUGCCCUGGAACAGUUACAAGACUUGGGAAUAGUCCCCCUGCUAGUUGCUCGGUUAGUGGAGCUGGCUAAAGGUGAGGAGCCAUCUGCUGGGAAGAUGGAUGUGAGCCUCACCUCUACCAUGUUUGCGUCAGAGCUGCUGUCUACGUCAUGUUUCGACUCAUUUGACUUCCCUCCCCUAGAGGGGAACAGGAAAGAGGAGAUGGGGAAGGAGCAUGUCCUUGGGUCAUCCAGCUUUCUUAGCCUGAGGUCCUGGUUGGUGUCUGAAGGGUUGAUCUCCUCUGAGGGGGAUCUUCUUGACUCUCCUGGAGGCACGGAGGGAGAUUGGGGGAGUCUUCAUAUCCCUUCUUCUUCUCCCCAAACCUCUUCCACUGACUGUCAUUCCCCUUUAAAAUGCUUAUCUCCUACCAGCUCACUACCUUCCUCCACUCCCUUAUCCGCACCCAAAUCUCAGAGUCAAUCCACCCCCUCUACCUCAACGAGUUCUCCAGCUCAGGUCCACAUGUCAUCUCCCUCAAAAACCGCUGAUCUGCCUUCCUGUGUCCCUCUGCCCUUCUCUACCUCCACCCCCCAAGCCCAGCCCGGCUCCUCUAACUCCAACCCCCAAGCCCAGCCCGGCUCCUCUACCUCCACCCCCCGAGCCCAGCCCAGCUCCUCUAUCUCCACCCCGAGCCCAACCCGUCUCCUCUACCUCCACCGCCCAGCCCAGCUCCUCUACCUCCACCCCCGAGCCCAGCCCAGCUCCUCUACCUCCACCCCCGAGCCCAGCUCAGCUCCUCUACCUCCACCCCCCGAACCCAGCCCAGCUCCUCUACCUCCACCCCCAGAGCCCAGCCCAGCUCCUCUACCUCCACCCCCGAGCCCAGCCCAGCUCCUCUACCUCCACCCCGAGCCCAGCCCAGCUCCUCUAUCUCCACCCCCGAGCCCAGCCCAGCUCCUCUAUCUCCACCCCCGAGCCCAGCCCAGCUCCUCUAUCUCCACCCCCCGAGCCCAGCCCAGCUCCUCUAUCUCCACCACCCAAGCCCAGCCUGGCUCCUCUACCUCUUCUCUCCCUUCCCCCACUAUUCCACCCCUCACUUCCGUCUCCCCAUCCAAGUUCUCCUCCCCUCCACGGAAAAGGCCACGUGUCCCCUCAACCACCCGCUCCAGUGUGGUGCCCCUCGACACCCCUCCCCCAGUGUCCCGACCCCAGGCCUAUCACCACCCCUACCACCCUGAGCCUUGGGCCCCAGAGUCUCCCAUCCUGCUGCUGCUCUCACGCUUCUCUCAUGCCACGGACCCCAGCGCUGCUCUGGUCAACUCAAGCAUCAUCUCUGGCCUACUGUUCUACCUCAGCCAGCAUCAGGACCCCAGCGGCAGGUGCUUCCGCAUGCUGUGCCGGCUGAGCUGCAACCCCAACUGUCUGCAGGCGCUGGUCAGGACUGGCUCAGUGGCUCUGAUCCGCCAUCACCUGGUCCAGAGAGGGAGUGACCCUGAGAGUUGGGGAGCUGGAGAGAGGCAGACUGAUAGGGUCAAGUCCAAAGUGAAACAGCUUGGUCUUGCUCUGCUUAGUAAUCUACGUGUUCAGUGUGAGUCUGGAUUUGGUUCUGGAGUCCUGAGCCAUGUAAUGCUGUCAGGCUCAGAGUCAGACAAGCUGAACUGUGCUCUGUCUCUACCACUAGUAAAUGGUAACAAGGUUCUCUUGAAGAAACUUCUUCUAGACAACGGUGGUCUACUCUUGGCUCUGGAGCCCCUUGGAUGUAAUGAGGACGAGGAAGAGGAAGACCAUCACACCAGUGAAUGCCGACGACUCCUCUCAGAUUGUCUCAACUCACCGCAACAUGUCUCUGCCCCCCAGCUCCACUCUCUAUAUUUCUCCCUGCUGAUUGGAUGCCUCUCUAGUCUGAUGGGUUGCCCCAAAACAGUACUGGCUAAAAGAAGGUGCAGGGUACUCAGUCCUAUCAAACCCCUGUCAGUCUCACAAACCGGUAAAGCUUCACCCCCUCCCUUAAAAAAGCCUCGUCUGGUCAAUAUCUGUCCUUACAAUGACUCAACCUUUGACCUCCUCUUCCUGCUGGAUGAUGGGAGCCAGGUGUCAGCCAAUAGGGAAGCAGUGGCUGGGGCGGAGGGAACUGAGGUGGUGGGGUCUGAGUACUUCAGGGCCCUGUUGAGGGGGGGCUUUGGAGAGGCACAAGGGAGAACCGGGGAGGCCAUCCCCAUCAGGGAUGUGAGCCAAGGCAUGCUGCUACCUGUACUGCACUAUCUGCAUGGCUGUCGCCUGAACAAGGACGGAGAGACUGCAGAGGAACAGGGGGAUGAGACGGAGAGAGAAGGCAGAGGAGAGUGUCAGAUUUUAGGAUCAUUGGCCUCUGAGGGGCUGGGUGUCUGGCGAGACGGGGCAGAAGAACCCUCACCAGAGGCACAGGGCUUCCAGAAGACCCCCCUAGCUGAGACGAUGAUGGGGGCCUGUAGGUUUUUGGUGACAGAGUUGCAGAGGGAGGUGGAGGAUCUGUGUGUGUCUUUGCUGUCCUGCUCUGCCAAGAAUGCUGGUCGAAUUGCAGAUGUUGGCAAAAAGCCUCCAUCUAACAUGGACCAAUAUGGGUCAGAGGGAGAGUCUGCUGACGAGAGCCUGGCAAACCGCACAUCUGGACUAGAGUUGAGUGGUUCUGAGGCCCAGACAGACUCCUUGGCCCCCACAGUGACAGCAGGCCAGGCUGAGUCACUACAUGGCUCUGGACUCCAACCCUGUCAGCAGACAGAGGGUAGACGGCACUCUGCCCCUGGACCAGGCCAGAAGGGCAAUAGUGCACCAAAGACAACCUCAGGACUGGAGACUUGUGUCAAUCCGCUGAAAUCAAGUUCUGCCUCAAAGUGCUGCAAAAGACGUUCUAAACUGCGGAGUGUUUCAAACACACACAAGGUUGCGGAUUCUGUACAGGACUCUAAAGUUGGUCCUGGUAGAUGGACCCUCCUACCCCAGGUGUAUUGGUUUUCCCAACGGUACAGCUAUCCUGGACUGGGCAGGGCCUGCCUGUCCCUACUGCUGGGCUCUCAGGGCUUCUCCCAGCCCCGCCCUUCUUCCCUGGCUGCAGACUGCCUGCACAGACUGGCCAGAGAGGCAGACUGUACAGAGACUCUGAAACGUGACCUAGUGAGUCUGGCCACCAUGGCCCUGAGCUGAGAGGGGUGUUGGGUGGAGAUGGAGGUGAGGAGAGGAGAAACAGGAUGAAAUAGAUUAUUAGGGAUGGUAUGAGAUCAUGUGAUUGUCUCUCCAAUGACACUGAAGUUAACGUUUGUCAUUGUGAAAAGUCUUCACAAAAUGAUUAGCCUUCCUUCCUUGUGAAUAUCUGUCUUUGUCUCACAACAAAUAACCUUUAUAUUCCAAUAUUGGUGUUUACAAAGUAAUUGAAGUUUGAAUUAUUUUCUUCAGAAUAGUACAUUUAUAUUUAAAGGAGUCACGCUGCCAUUUAAAGGGAUGGGUUCUCAGACAGUGAAUCAUGAGGAAAAUAAUGAUCUCAUGGUGCACUGUAAAUUAAGUUGUAUUAUAAUGAAAACAUUAGCAUAAUGUAAUAUGCUAAAUACUUUUGUUGCAUGUAAUGUUAACUUUUUUUAUAUUUUCAGUUUGAUUUUGAAAUAUACACAGCUGUCCUGUAAAUGUCCUGUAUUGACUUGGAUGACUAAUAAUCAGGGUGGAACUGGGUGCCAUGUUGUAUAUGCUGUAAAUAAAGUGAACUUUAGGAGUAGCUGCAAGGUGACGAUAACAGAGAUCAGCUUUCACUCGCCUCAUGUGAAUCCACGCUCCUCAAUAAAUCUGUUUAGACGUC